ACGUAACAAAAUUGUUAUCAAUUUCUGUGAGUGAAGUGGAUAUUUUCGAAAUAACGAAUAGUAUUUAUCAAUAAUACUCAUACAAGUUAUCAAAAUGGCUUUUCCGAAAAUAGACGGUUAUGUGGUGACUGAAAAACUAGGCUCCGGUAGCUAUUCCACUGUUUAUAAGGCAUAUACAAAGGUGGGCGCUCGCUCAAUCGUAGCAAUAAAAUGUGUGGACAAAUCACGAGUGAAGAACUCAGGGUCUGCGGUAGAUAACCUGAUUACGGAGAUACGUCUGCUCAAGACGCUUACACACACACAUAUUGUGCAUAUGAAGAACUUCACAUGGGACGACAAAAACAUCUACAUAAUAAUGGAAUAUUGCUGUGGAGGUGAUUUAUCUAAAUACAUACAUAAGUACGGACGAGUGCCGGAAAAGCAGGUUUUAUAUUUCCUACAACAGUUAGCAUCAGCAUUAAAGUUUCUAAGAGAAAAGGGGGUGGUACACAUGGACUUGAAACCACACAACUUAUUACUGCACAAAGGUUCAGACGGAAAAUAUGUGCUGAAAGUUGCAGAUUUUGGCUUCGCUCAACACAUGACGGGAGACAGUGUGCGGUCGGUUCGUGGGUCUCCACUGUACAUGGCACCUGAGAUGUUGACAGGAGAGUACGAUGAACGAGUCGACUUGUGGAGUGUCGGUGUGAUAAUGUACGAGUGCCUGUUCGGUCGUGCGCCGUACUCCUCCAACACGUUCAAGGAGCUCGUCGAUAAGAUACAGAGGCAGGCGCCCAUAGAGAUCCCCUCUAAAGCGUCGAUAUCACCCGGGUGCCGGGAGUUGCUGCUCCGCCUAUUACAACACGACCCCAACAACAGGAUAACAUAUGAAGAAUUCUUCAGCAACGAGUAUUUGGACCUUCAGCAUAUGCCUUCUAAAGAGAAUUAUGAGAAGGCCGUAACACUUAUAAAGAGAGCCAUAGAGUUAGAUUCAUCAGGGCAGCUAGAAGAGGCAUUCACUCUCUACCGGGAUAGCUUGCUCUACCUCGUGCCGUGUGUCGGCUGCGAGACCGACUCGUUGCGAAGAGCCGCCCUCGCUGCUAAGUUAAGCAGGUAUAUGGAGCGAGCUGAAGAGCUGAAAGUCUACCUGAAGACCGGCAGCUUCCCGCAGCAGAAUACCGCGGCUGUUCUUAUCAGUACUGCUGGGAAUAAUUGUACUUCUAAUACGGCACAAUCUCGUCCUACCUGUUCUUCGUGUGUUACGGAGCCCUGCAAGUGUAGUGCACAAGUCAACGGCACAGUGGAAGUACCCGACAAUAUUGUACAACAGACGGCGGCGUCUUCUCAACCUACCAAUAUAAACACAACGCCGAAAUCUAAUCGCUUUGGGUUCAAGCGAUUAUUUGGCAGACAGGCGUCCAUACCUUAUUUAGAUACCAAGGAUUCUAGUAUUACAGCAGACCCAACACAAGAAAAACAGAAAAUACCUCAAGCUGAAAAUAAUGACGGUUGUAGAAUUACAUGAACUUAUAUAACAUAAAAUAUAAAUAUUGCUUAAAUGUAUGUGGCCUUAUCAGUUCAGUAUUGCACUGUUGUGUUCAAAAAUGUGCUUUAAAAUUAUUUUGAAAAAAUCUACGGCCUGUUAAUAUUGAUUUUAGAGUUAAUAAAGAAACACUAUUACUAAGAUUUCGCUGUCCGUCUGUCACCAGGCUGUAUCUCAUGAACCGUGAUAGUUAGUUGAAAUUUUCACAGAUGAUGUAUUUCUGUUGCCGCUAUAACAACAAAUACUGAAAACUAGAAUAAAAAUGCUGUUUUAAGGACGAUAUUAAUAACUGUAUGAGACUCUAUAGAAGCUUGUCCGAUUCACACUUUCUUGCCAGUUUUUUAGGGUUCCGUACCCAAAGGGUAAAACGGGACCCUAUUGUUUUCGCUCCUCUGUCCGUCCGUCCGUCUGUUCGUCUGUCACCAGGCUGUAUUUCAUAAACGGUGAUAGUUAGAGAGCUGAAAUUUUCACAGAUGAUGUAUUUAUUUGAAAAGUAGAAUUAAAUACCUAAAUAUUUUGUGGGGCUGCCAUACAACAAACGUGAUUUUUUUAUCCAUUUUAUAAAUAAUGGUACGGAACGGUGGUAUGGAUGCAAUAAAGUAAAUGGGUAUGUUAGUAUAAUUGAUUCUGUAAAAAUAUGUGCUUGGUGUGUUUAGUCCACGGCUAGCAUGUGUUCACGCCUUAUCAAUGCAAAAUGAUUAAUUUGAAAAGAAUUAAAUUGUAAGUAUAAUGUUUUUGUUUAAAUAAUUAUUGUAUAAAACAAUGUUGAUUUAUUUUUAAAAAUAUUUGUAAGUUGUUUAUGUCGACGUAAAAGAACCAGUUAAAAAUUUAGGUUUUCAAAUGACUUUUACCGUCUUACCACAAAAACUUUUAAACGUCAGUUUAAGCCUUGUCUAAAAAAAUGUCAAAUUAUGACGUUGACAUAUGGUUCAUUUUGCAGCCACAAUUUUUUUAGACAAGUGUAAAACAGGCGUUUAAGUUUUUGUAGUAAGGCCAUUAAAGUUUGGUACAUACAUAUUUAAAUCCUUCACCGAUAUUAUAAAAUUAGCUACCGCUAGCAGUUUCACCCGUGUCUCGUAGAAGCUACUUUCCAUAGCCUUACAGAAUACUAGCCGUUUCCCGCGUCCCGUGGGAGCUACUGCCCGCACCGGAAUAAAAUAUAGCCUAUGUUACACGCAGAUAAUGUAGCUUUGUAAUGGUGAAAAAAUAUUUAAAAUCGGUCCAGUAGUUUUUGAGAUUAUCCAUUCAUCAUCAUCAUUGAUUGGCCACAGAGCAUCUUGGUCAGAUGAUUGUGGCAGUGCUUGUCUGCGCGGUUAUUAGUGCCGCAAGCACUUUCUUUUGUGGCUAAAUAAGCCCAUUAUCCAUUACAACCAAACAAAGUUUUCCUCUUUAAAAUAUUAGUAUAGAUAUAACUGACGUUUCGGUCGUAUUGCACCGACCGUGGUCACAGGUGGACUGAUGACGGCUAGUGGCGUCUCCUUGAAGCACAGUUGCUACCCUCGUUUAGUUGUCACAAUUUUCACAUUUUGCAUUUGCAGUCAUUUUAUCCGGAUGCGGGAUGUAGUGCCCUCGAGGCGGGUGAAACUGCUAGCAGAAGCUACUAGUUGUAUAGAUUUGAGAUUGUGAAUCACGAAAUUGCUACUUAUAAAACAUUUAAUGUAAAACUGUGAUUUUUCAUAAUAAAGACACUAUUUUGUUGUUA